UCAAACUGAGCCGGCGACAGCCGGCUUCAGUUCAUUCCUAUCCAUGUUCAUCACCUCUCUUUCUCUUCACGGUGAAAUGGGCUGUUCCUCACGAUACCUCUUACCAUAAAUCUCCCCCUGACCUCCGGGCUUUGCUGCAGUGCUCUCUUCGGUGGUGGUAAAGAAACAGAGGAUUCUGAAGCGGAGAAUUGUGAGGUGAGAUGGGUAGCUUGGGAGAUGCUUUGACCAUGGAGUUCUUUCCUGCUCCUUCUGACCCUGUAAUGAUUGAGCUCAACCGGUUGGAGAAUGGUCUCCUAGAAAAGGAGAGGGAGUUGGGACUCGCCAAAUGCGAGAUCAAGACAUUGAAAGCGACUGAGCUCUCGAAGGAUAAAGCUGUGAUGGAGCUAAGCAAUGAAGUGAAGAAAAUGGAUGAGAAGCUCAGGGCGACCGAGAAACAACUCGAGAACAAGAAUCUUGAGAUCAAAAAGCUAAUCAACGAGAAGAAGGAGGCGUUGGCUGCACAAUUUUCCGCAGAAGCGGCUCUGAGAAGAGUACACGCAACCCAGAAGGAUGAGGAGCUCGUCCCGGUUGGCGUUCUUACGGCACCACUGGAGUCUGAUAUCAGACAGUACAAGAACGAGAUUGUGAUGCUUCAAGAGGAUAACAAGGCUUUGGAACGACUGACGAAGUCCAAAGAGGCAGCACUGGUCGAAGCAGAAGCUCUUCUGCAGAGCGCUCUGGAACAGGCGAUGAGCGUAGAGAUGGUGCGCAACAAGAACCUCGAGUUGAAGAGGCAAAUGGAGAUCUGCCAGGAAGAGAAUAGAACUCUGGAGAAGACACAUCGUCAGAAGGUGGUCGAGGUUGAAAGGCUCACCAAAACCAUUACCGAGCUCGAGGAAUCCAUUCUCGCUAGCAGCGUGACGGCCAAUGCAAUACGCGAUUGCCAGCGCCAGAUUUCCGAGUUGAACGAGGAGAAGAGGAUGGUCGAGAGGGAGCUCGCGAGGGUUAAAGUUUCGGCAAGUAGAAUGGCCACAGUGGCAGCUAACGAGUGGAAGGAUGACAACGACAAAGUCAUCCCUGUCAAGCAGUGGCUGGAAGAGAGAAGAUUUUUGCAGGGGGAGAUACAACGAUUACGGGAUAAACUAGCUUUAGCAGAAAGAACCGCCAAGGCAGAGCGCCAAUUGAAAGACAAACUGAGCUUGAGGUUGAAGACGGUAGAAGAGUGUUUGAAGCCUUCUGGUCUUCCAGAGAAGCACGGUGAGCUUCCUGGGGGAAAGAAAUAUGGAGUAAAGAAGCGAUCCGCAUCGAGGCCAAGGGCUUCUCAUGCAACCAAGAACGCAUCAGUACUACAGCAGCCUCACUCGAUCUCUGGAAAUGGUGAUAAGAUCUUUGACGGAAAGAAUCCAGUUCAGAAGAAUUUGUCAGCUCCAAGAAGCAGGUCAUUCAGCGACAGCGAGAAGGAGAAUGCAGAGACGAACGUCAAGCCCAAUGGACAUGUGGAUGAUGAUGUGGUUACUGGUAAAACAGAGCUCACGCAUGAAGUCAAUGCCAAGGAGUGUGGACACAUCAAGUCAGAGAUGAAGAGGCUUGGAGUUGACUGUGAAGAUAUGGUGUCUGGCUUCCUGUAUGACAGAUUGCAGAAGGAAGUACUGAACUUGAGAGGAUCUCAGAAGGAUAAAGAGAGUUUACUGAGUGCAAAAGAUGAUGAAAUUAAGAUGCUCCAAAAGAAGGUGGAUGUUCUAACGAAGGCUGUGGAGAUGGAGCUAAAGAAGACAAGAAGAAAUGCUGUGGCUCGAGAAAGAAAGAUGUUGGCUAAGCCAGAGGAUAACAAGCACAAUACUGACAUCUCAGAAAGGUAUGUGAGGCAACUUGAAGUUUCAAAAGGUUCUACAGCUUAGAAAGUUGAUCAUAGCAUCCAAUAAUGGGUCUAUCUCAUGUACAUUUUCAGACUGGUCAUCGUAAGAAAGUUUAGUGGAAGAUAUGCAACUCUGUUUCUUUUUUCUUCUUUUUUUUUUUGUCCCUCUGAGUGGAAUGUAAAACCAGAUGUGCAGCAGAGUGUUGUUAACAUUGUAAUGGAAGUAAAGUACAAGAAGCAAAAGAAAAAUGUAUUGAA